CGAGUAUACCGAAACAGACCCAGCCAAUUUCAAUCCGGAACCCUACGAACCUUUGUCCGUGACUAGUACGUCGCUACAUCGCAGGGGUCCCUGGGUGCCAGUAGACCACAGUCCCACCAGUCGCGAUCGGGAAGAAUUCCGCUACUGGUUCAAGAUGAGCAAGCGAGAAUGUAGUGCCAGUGCUCAAGUUGGAAUGAAAGCACUCCGAUUCAUGCCUACCCUCUAUAAGGACCCAAAAUUGCUGUUGUGGUCCAUCCCUAUAACAAUGUGCGCUCGUUCACCACGUCAUUGUUUGGUGACUGACAUCUGAAUCAUCAAUUUGCCCCCAGGGAGGG